AUGACUAGUUCACACUCUGAUAAAGACAUUACCAUCUCAUCUCAGCCGUUCGAGCCUGGAUCCACCAUGAAGAAGCGAAAGACAACGCAUGCUCCCAGCAAUGCUUCUCAUUCCAACGACAAACAAGCACCACCUACUGAUUUCGAGCAAGAGUUGCAAAUGUUGAAUGAUGACAUGGAUCUGGAUAUCAAGCUGGAGAAUACAGAGGUUACUUGGGGCCGCAAUCCUGCUCCUUUGCUUGAUCCAGCCAAGGAUAAGAUUGUGUUCCAGCAGAUUGAGGUUGAUGAAUACAUGGAUUGGAAGGUGCAGCAGCCAGUUAUUAGAUUAUAUGGUGUUACUACGGGCGGUAACAGUGUGGUCUGUCAUGUGAGGGAUUUUUUGCCCUACUUUUACUUUCCUGCGCCUUUUGGAUUUCAACAUAGCCAUUUGCCCGCCUUGAAACAAUCGCUUUCUAGCGCCGUUGGACAACCAGGAGCAGUGUUUGAUGUCAAAAUCAUGAUGAAGCAGAGUAUUUACGGCUACCACGGCGACUCCAAAUCACCCUACAUUCGAGUGACAGUCAAGGAUCCAAGAGAUAUCUCCAAGUGCAAGAACAAAAUCGAGCAAGGCAUCUAUGUCAGUGGACUGGAUCGUCCUUGUCAGUCAGAUACCACAUUCGAGAGCAAUCUGGCUUACGUUCUUCGCUUCAUGAUUGAUUGCAAGGUGCCUGGCUCCAAUUGGAUUGAAUUGCCCGCUUCAACAUGGACAUUGAUCGAUCAGCCCACAUCAUUCGCUCAGUACGAAGUGCAGACAAGAUACGACAAGCUUAUCAGUCAUGCGCCUGAAGGCGAGUGGUCAGACAUGGCUCCACUGCGAGUGCUUAGUUUCGAUAUUGAAUGUGCUGGUAGAAAGGGCAUCUUCCCAGAGGCCAAUGUGGACCCUGUGAUUCAGAUUGCCUCCGUUGUCCAAAUCCAAGGUCAAAAGAAGCCAUUCAUCCGCAAUGUGUUUACCCUCAAAAGCUGUGCACACAUUGUGGGAUCUCAGGUGCUCUCCUUUGACGACGAAAGAGACCUGCUGCAGAAAUGGAGCGACUUUAUUCGACUCGUGGAUCCUGAUGUCGUGAUCGGCUACAAUACCACCAACUUUGAUUUCCCUUAUCUGCUGGAUCGUGCCAAACAUCUGGGCGUCACCAAGUUCCCUUUUCUUGGAAGAAUCAAAGGCGUACACACGGAUGCAAAGGACACCAAAUUCUCAUCCAAAGCCUACGGUACACGUGAAAACAAAUCCAUCAACCUGGAAGGGCGUUUACAGUUGGACAUGUUGCAAGCCAUUCAGCGUGAUUACAAGCUUCGUUCCUACACAUUGAACUCUGUCUCUGCGGAAUUUCUGGGCGAGCAAAAGGAAGAUGUGCACCACUCCAUUAUUACAGAACUGCAGAAUGGCAACGAGGAAACGCGCCGUCGUUUGGCCGUCUACUGUUUGAAGGAUGCCUUUUUACCCCUAAGACUGAUGGACAAGCUCAUGCUGCUCUUCAACUACACCGAAAUGGCCAGAGUCACGGGUGUUCCCUUCAACUACAUUUUGGUGCGUGGUCAACAAAUCAAGGUUAUCUCGCAGCUGUAUCGUCGUGCGCUGGAAGAGGACCUUGUGAUUCCUGUCAUCAGGUCUGAGGUGUCGGAUGAAGCUUAUGAAGGUGCCACUGUCAUUGAGCCCGAGAGAGGUUACUAUGACGUUCCCAUUACCACGUUGGAUUUCACCUCGCUUUAUCCCUCCAUCAUGCAAGCCCACAACCUGUGCUAUACAACGCUGCUGAAGCCUGAUAUCGCCAAGAAGCUCAACUUGGUCAAGGAUGUUGAUUAUGAAGUGACGCCUAACAGUGAUAUGUUUGUCAAGGCUUCUCGACGCAAAGGUCUAUUGCCCGCUAUUCUGAGUGACCUUUUGGCUGCUCGUAAGAGAGCCAAGAAUGAUCUCAAAAAGGAAACAGAUCCCUUUAAGCGUGCUGUCCUGGAUGGUCGUCAAUUAGCGUUAAAGAUCAGUGCCAAUUCCGUGUAUGGUUUUACGGGUGCCACUGUAGGUAAACUGCCCUGUUUGCAAAUCUCAUCGAGUGUCACUGCCUAUGGUCGUGCUAUGAUUCUCAAGACAAAGGAAACGGUGGAAGAGCACUUUACCAUCAAGAAUGGCUACAAGCAUGAUGCCAAGGUCAUUUAUGGUGAUACUGAUUCUGUUAUGAUCAAGUUUGGUGUGGAUAAUCUCAAGGAGGCCAUGGCAUUGGGUAAAGAAGGCGCAACAUUGGUAACCACAAAGUUCAUUCGACCCAUCAAUCUUGAUUUCGAAAAGGUGUAUUUCCCGUAUUUGUUGAUCAACAAGAAGAGAUACGCUGGUCUUUACUGGACAAGAGAAGACAAGUACGACAAACUAGAUGCCAAGGGUAUUGAGACUGUACGUCGUGAUAACUGCCGGCUUGUUCAAAACAUCAUUUCCAAAUGUCUCGAUAAGCUGUUGAUUGAAAGAGAUGUCGCUGGUGCCCAAGCAUUUGUAAAACAAACCAUCUCGGAUCUGCUACAAAAUAAGGUGGAUCUCUCUCAACUGGUCAUUACAAAAGCCCUCAGUAAAUCUGACUAUGCCAACAAGCAAGCCCACGUUGAGCUGGCAGAACGCAUGAAGAAGCGUGAUGCAGGUUCAGCACCAGCAUUGGGUGAUCGUGUAGCCUAUGUCAUUAUCAAAGCCAGUAACAAUACACCUGCUUAUGAGCGCUCAGAAGAUCCCUUGUACGUUCUUGAUAAUAAUAUUCCCAUCGACACCAAAUAUUAUCUCGAAAACCAACUCUCCAAGCCCUUGAUGCGUAUCUUUGAACCCAUUUUGGGCGACAAGGCUGAAUCACUAUUAUCUGGUGCUCAUACAAGAACGGUCAACAUUUCCACACCCACCAUUGGUGGUUUGAUGCGUUUUGCCGUCAAAACUGCUACUUGUCUGGGAUGUAAGGCAGCAUUACCUAAGGGAGUGACAUCAGCUGCAUGCAAACAAUGUAAGGAUCGACUACCUGAAUUGUAUCAACAUCAGUUGGACACGGUGAAUAAGCUGGAAGUCAAGUUUUCUCGUCUCUGGACCCAAUGCCAGCGCUGUCAAGAGUCGUUGCAUCAAGAUGUCAUUUGUUCCAACAAUGAUUGUCCCAUCUUUUAUAUGCGUAAAAAGGCGCAAAAGGACAUGGAUGAAGCAGCUGAGCGUUUAGAUAGAUUUGACUAUGAAUGGUAG